GGACGUUGAUGCUGACAUCUACGGUAUUUAGGCGUUUUACGGUUUCAUAUUCCACCGCUAGCAUGUUAUCUAAAUCAGCUAAGACCGUUGUCCGGACCCGUUUCCCAGUCAGAGCCCUUGCCACACCAGCUGAGAGCAACACCACUUCACAUGCCCCUCAGUUGAAGUACCAGCCGUUGUCGAAAGCCCAGAAGGCGUUUUUGGAAAGAGUUGUUCGUGUAGACCAAGCUGGUGAGCUUGGAGCGAACUACAUCUACGCAGGCCAAUAUUUUGUGUUGGCUAACAGAUAUCCUCAUUUGAAGCCGGUGUUGAAGCAUAUGUGGGAACAGGAAAUCCACCACCACGAUACCUUCAACCAGCUCCAGACGGCUAAGAGAGUGAGACCCUCUAUCAUGACACCAUUCUGGAAGGUGGGUGCCUUUGGGAUUGGUCUUUCUACCGCGUCCCUCAGCAAGGAGGCAGCCAUGGCAUGCACCGUUGCCGUUGAAACCGUCAUUGGUGGCCACUAUAACGAGCAGUUGCGCGUCUUGAUGAAUCAGUUCAGCAUUGGUGCUGUGGAUGCGGAAACCGGCGAGGUGAUCGCUAACCCCCCAGUGUCUCCGGAAAUUGCCAGUUUGAAGGAGACGGUGAAGCAGUUCAGAGACGAAGAAUUAGAGCAUUUGGAUACUGCACUUGAACACGAUGCUGAAAAGGCUGUUCCAUAUAUGUUAUUGACUGAGGCUAUCAAAGCUACGUGCAAGGUGGCCAUUUGGACCGCCGAGAGAAUCUAGACCCGAAUCUAUUGCAUUGUAUAUAUCCAGAAUCAAACUAACGAAUAAUAUUAAUACACAGAUAUAUACCUGGCAUAACUGAUGUUUCUAGGCUAACGGUAUUGUGGAUUCCUUUGCCGAUCGGGCAUCCUUGAGCUCUUCCGGCAUUCCAGUAUGAUGCCAGCAUGGGAAAUCAGAAAA